AUGGCGCCCGGCACGUGCCCGACCCGCCGUGGGCGCGGCUACGCGCGGUCACGUGCGCCAAAGGGGCGUGCUCGCGCGCAGAGCCCCCCCCGGCUGCCGCCGCCUCUCCCCCCUCGGGCCGCCCUGGGCGCCUUCAUCACCCUCAGCUUCACCCUGGGGCUGCUGGGGGGGCCCUUCCGCCACAGAACCCUGGGGCUGCUGGGGGGGCCCUUCCGCCACAGGGCGGCGCCGUCCCCGCCGUGCCGGCCCCGUUCCCACCUGGUGUUCCUGAAGACGCACAAGACGGGCGGCAGCAGCGUGCUGAACCUGCUGGCGCGGUUCGGCGAGGCCCGGCGCCUGCGCUUCGCGCUCCCGCGGCGCUACCAGUUCGGCUACCCCGCGGCCUUCCGCGCCGAGCGCGUGCGCGGCUGGGCCCGGCGCCGGAAAUUCGACAUCAUCUGCCACCACAUGCGCUUCAACCUCAGCGAGGUGCAGCGCGUGAUGCCCAACGACUCGUUCUACUUCUCCAUCGUGCGGGACCCGCUGGCGGCCGAGUCGGCCUUCUCGUACUUCCGCGCGGCGGCGCCGGCGUUCCGCAGCGCGCCGUCCCUGGCCGCGUUCCUGGCGGCGCCCUGGCGCUACUUCCGCGCGGUGCGCGGCAACCACUACGCGCGGAACCUGCAGUGGUUCGACUUCGGCCUGCCCGAGCCGGCGCACCCGGCGCAGGUCCCGGCCCUGCUGGCGGAGCUGGGCCGCGUUUUCCCGCUGGUGCUGCUGGCCGAGCGCUUCGACGAGUCGCUGGUGCUGCUGCGGCACCGCCUGUGCUGGCCGCGGGACGCCGUGGAUCUGUUCCCUCACAACUCGCGCGGCUCCGCCCGGAACCUCUCGGCCGAGCAGCUGCGGCGGCUGCGGGCGUGGAACUCGCUGGAUUGGGCGCUUUACUCGCACUUCAACCGCAGCUUCUGGCGGGAGGCCGAGCGCUUCGGGCUGGAGCGGCUGCGGAGCGAGGCGGCCGAGCUGCGGCGGCGCCGCGGGGCCCUGGCCGGGCGCUGCCUGCGGGGCGGGGGCCCCGUGCCCGCCGCGGAGAUCGCGGAGCGCGGCCUGCGCCCCUUCCAGCCGCCCGGCGCCGGCGCCAUCCUGGGCUUCGCGCUGCGCCCGGGGCUGCGCGGCGAGGAGCGGGAGCUGUGCCGGCGCCUGGCCAUGCCCGAGCUGCCCUACAAGGACCUGCUCGACCGGCUGCAAUUCGGGGACAAAACCAACAGUUCUGGGUAAAAGUAACCUUUUUUAUAUUGAAUUUUCCCCGAAAUCCUGGGAUUUGGGGCCCUUCCAGCCCCCCGGCGCCAUCCUGGGCUUCGCGCUGCGCCCGGGGCUGCGCGGCGAGGAGCGGGAGCUGUGCCGGCGACUGGCCGUGCCUGAGCUGCCCUACAAGGACCUGCUCGACCGGCUGCAAUUCGGGGACAAAACCAACAGUUCUGGGUGAGGUUAUGGAAUCUUUCUGUGGAAUUUUCCCUGAGAAAUGCAAAAAUCCCCGUGAAAUUCCGCUCAAAAUUGGCCAUUUUGGGGCUGGAAUCGUCCCCCGUGCCUCAGUUCCCCGUUGGCUAAAAGCCCUGAAAUUUGGGAAAUUUUCCCAUGGAUUUGUUGCUCUUUACCUCCAAAUUCCAGGAAUUUGGGGAUCUUUCCUAUGGAUUUAAUCCUUUUUAGCCCCAAAAUUUGGGAUUUGAGCCCCAAAAUUCCAAGGAUUUUGGGAAUUUUCCUGUGGAACUGCUCUGUGCCUCAGUUUACCUCUCAAAGGUACAAAACCCCCCCAAAUUCCAGGAAUUUGGGAAUUUCCUCAUCGGGAAUCCUCCCGUGCCUCAGUUUCCCUCCCAGAUCACGGUACAAGCCCCAGAAUUCCAGGAAUUUUGGGAAUUUUUUUAUUUUAACUGCUCCGUGCCUCAGUUUCCCUGUGGAAGGUACAAAAAUCCCGGCAGGAAUUUGGGGAAUUUGAGGAAUUUUCUCCCUCUGGAACCACUCCGUGCCUCAGUUUCCCCUCCCCCGGGACAGGUACGACCCUUCCUCCCCUUUUUUUCCUUAAAUCCCGGCGGGAAUUUCGGAAUUUUUAAAAAAUUUUGAGAACUUUCGCCGUGGCAUCGCCGCGUGCUUCGCUUUACUUUGUACAUAUAAUAAACGCUUGCUGAUUGGCUUGGCCCGCUGUCAA